UGAAUGGCUUACACGUUGUUUUCAAUUCUUGAACAACCUACACGUUGUUUGAUCUUUUAAAAAAUAGGAAGAAAAGGGAAAAACAAAAACAACUCCUCCUUAAAACCAUCUUCUAUUACUAGCAGUUUCACUACUAGAAUCUUCUACUUUCAUACAGCAAACGGUGCAGGGGUUGCUCUGAGUCUGAGUAUAGGUUAGUAAGAUUGUCUCGUUGAUUUUGCGGAACACACGAAACCAUGGCGAAGGCUGUUGCAGUGCUUAGCAGCAGUGAGGGUGUCAAGGGCACCAUCUACUUCACACAGGAAGGAGAUGGCCCCACGAACGUGACUGGAAAUAUCUCCGGCCUUAAGCCUGGGCUCCAUGGCCUUCACGUGCAUGCUCUAGGUGACACGACCAAUGGUUGCAUGUCGACUGGGCCUCAUUUCAAUCCAACUGGCAAGGAUCAUGGUGCUCCUGAUGAUGAGAUUCGACACGCUGGUGAUCUUGGCAACAUCACAUCUGGAGACGACGGUACCGUUAGUUUCACCAUCGUUGACAAGCAGAUACCCCUUUCGGGACCACAUUCCAUUGUCGGGAGAGCUAUAGUUGUCCAUGCUGAUCCUGAUGAUCUUGGAAGAGGUGGACAUGAACUCAGCAAGGCCACUGGAAAUGCUGGUGGAAGAGUUGCUUGUGGUAUCAUCGGCCUGCAAGGCUGAGCACACCUGUCCGGAGGCUAAAUACACCCGUCGUGUCCACUACUUCUCUAUAGAUUAUAUCCUCGACCUUGGUUUCGUGCGAGUAGACGCUAUAGUUUGUUACCUAGAAUCUAAAUAAAGGCUUGUCGUAAGGAUUUUAUGCAAUGCAAUCGUACCAGGUGUACCUGUCUACUUAUCCAAAUAUUCGGCAUAAAUUUGUGUUUGAUCA